AUAAGUCUAUACUAACUGAGCUUUAGGGCAUGAAUUCGCCUUGUAUAUGCACUAAUUGCUUUUAUCAAUAUGAACACAGCUCUAUGCACGUAAUCUAAAACCAAAUAAAGCAAAUCAAAGUUCAUAAAUUCAUUUUGUAGAAACCGUGUAUACCGCAUGCACAUAUUAACGUAUUUGAAAGUGCAAGUGUACUACUUGUGUGGCCUAGUAAUUCUUAACUGUACUACUGUUUACUGGGAGUUGCAAUUGUUUUAGAGUGUACAAAAAUAAGCAAUUACUACUAUUGGCCUCGGUGCCUAAAUAUCAGCUGUUUUUGCACAGAUAAUUGCCCAAACGUCGUAAACUUCUAAGAUUUUCUAAUCGCUAUUGUCGGUCGCUCUCAAUUUUUAUUAUUAGCCAAGUGCCCCUUGGUCAAGUUAGUGUAAAACGCGAACGGAAUGUGGCAACCGGCCUAAGCUCAACCAGGGUGACGGCAACCCUAAACACGCACGAAAGAACGAAACAAAAGGAAUCAUAAAAACGAAAAAUGAAAGUGCACUUAACGACUCGAAAAAUAUAGACAUUUUGUCAGAGCGAAUCAAUCCACACACCGGUGAAGACGAACAAUGGUUAAAUACGUUUAUCACAUAUUCUCAUAGUUCCAGUGUAAUAAGUUAAUUUUAUUUAAGUUUUCGAUAAAUAAAACGUUUUGACACAGUAUACCCACAAUUGGUGACCCCGAGAUAAAAACGGAGAUAUUGUGCCAAAUAUCGCGACAAACCACCCGGGUAAAACGCAAAGCACCUGUUGCUCUAAAAACUAGCCAACACGGACGUAGUUGCGAAUAAAUCCCCGUAAUUGCAGUAAAUGCGCAUAUAAAACAAUUAAAAUCGACAUAUAUAUAUUUGCGUAAAAAAGAGUACUGUACAAGAUAACGCCACCAAAAACCCAGCGUCCGUUAUAACAGUAGCCGACCAUAGCGGAACACGAAGUAAUGGGCAUACGAGCAUCGGCAACAUGAGUUUGGACGAUAGUCAGAAGAGUGUCGAGAAUCCCGCAAACGACGUUAGCAGCGCUGGAGACAACGCCAACCGAUCUGGGCGGGGUUGUUGUAGCCGCUACAACAACAACAACAACAACGCCAACGCAAAUACCAACGCAGGCGUCGACAGCGGCAUACCGCAAAUCAACGCGGUGUUUGGAAAGUUACCGUUCCCUAAACUAAAUUCCAAGUACAACAUCGAAUCAUGGUUCGAAUUGCACGGCUUCGGUAUUCGUAAGGAGAAAGACAAAUAUACCGCCAUCAUCGCACAUGCCGACGACUAUAUUCUCGACCAAGUCUGUGAGCUAGUUCGCAAUCCACCAACCACGACCCCUUACACUACGCUAAAAAUGGCCAUAAUCGAAAAAUUCAGCGAUUCUGCUAUGGCCCGACUAGAUAGACUCACCGGUAUACAGUUAGGCGAUGGUAAGCCCAGCCACUUGCUGAGUCAGAUGCAACGCACAAACGCCACCAAGGAUGAAUCCGUAAUACAGCAAUACUGGCUAAAGCAACUACCCGAAGCUGCUCGUGCCGUUAUAGCCGGUAUGCUGCAGGCUCAACCGAGUACGCCCUUACACCAACUCGCCAUUACUGCCGACGCCGUACUCGACGCACUUAGCCGCGACUCCAACUCAACGGCAACAACCAGAGGGCCAGACGUCAACGCCAUCGAAACACCUACCAGCCGAUUUUCCCUGCUCGAAAAAAGAAUCGAAAAGCAGGACUCCGUUCUCGAGAACAUAAAUGCCAAGUUGAACCAGCUAAUGUCUCAAAACCGCAGCCGACAGCGAGAUCGUUCACAAUGUAACCCAAAACGCCAAAGCACACCACACCGCAGCUCCAAGGCAGAUCAAUCACUGACAUGCUGGUACCACCGCGAAUACGGCACACAGGCUCGUAAAUGCAGAAGUCCAUUUGACUUUCCCGUCAAAAAAGCAGACAAGCCAAAAAACUAAAGGCCGCCGUAACGAAAACGCUCGACAGUUCCGGCAGCAAAACACAAACGAGCAGACAAUCACAAUGCGAACUGGAGGUAAAAAUUUCCGAAUUCACGAAAUCUAAACGUUUUUUCAUCCUAGAUAAAAUUUCGAAACAACUAUUUUUGAUCGACACUGGCGCGGAGGUAUCCGUAAUUCCACCAACACGUGCAUGUCGUUUGUCAAAUAGCGAAGGCAAACCACUUUUCGCAGCGAACGGCACCGUCAUCAAAACCUACGGUUUAACACGCCGCACACUCGACCUAGCUCUCCAACGCAAACUCACGUGGGACUUCGUCAUAGCCGAAACGCGAUACGCAAUUAUUGGUGUCGACUCCCUUCGCCAUUUCAACUUAAUAAUCGACAUCGGGAACACGACUCUUAUAGACGGAACACUAUCGCGACCAGGCAUCUGUAGUUUUGAAAAAUCAACGACAAUUAAAACCAAAUACGACUCCAGCGACAUAGGAAAAUUGCUGCGCGAAUUCAGUAAAAUAACGGACCCUAACGCAAUAGCCCCGUCACCAAUGCAGACUGG